CGGUGUUUGGGUGGAGACGCAUCGCCGUUUCUAUACACACAACCAGCAACCAGGCGCCUCCUUCGGUUGGUUUAGUUGCGAAACACUGUCGUCGCGCCGCGUCCCUAUUAAAACAGCAUUCGCUUGUUGAACGUGAUCGCGGGUGGACGUGUUUUUUUUGUUGCAUUUAACAGUGUAACGAAAGAAACGAAAAAAAACUAGUAGGUCAACAAUCGCGCGGUCAGUUUGUUGUGACCAACCACGAGCGGGUACCAUAGUUACCCGGUAAGCAACACGGGAAAAAAACGUAAUUGUCAGUUUUUGUGCAGUUUCGUGGCGCAAAAAAAAAUCUCGUGUAAUUUAAAUUUCAAAGGUACUGGAGGAUUCUCAGAUUUGGAUUUUAAUUCGCGAGCAGGUGCUGAUUGUUCCGUCUGAGCAAACGAUGAUGGAUAGGGUGAAAUGAUAAUGAGUUUGGAAUCUUUUUUUCUGUUGCUCGCGGAAAGAUGAAUCGCCCAACAAGAAGAAUCCAUAGAAAAAUGAUAUGCUGGUGAGGUUGUGUAAACGGUGGAGGCAGCUCGAAUGUUUGAAGUGCAAUUUGGUUGAAUCACGGAAGAAGAAAAAAACGGGAAGCCUGCUACAGAAGGUGGAGUGAGAAUUUUUCUGCGACUAGAUUGUUACACAGAAGAAGACAUACGCUGCUGUGAAGAAGAAUUGCGAAAAGUGAUGAAAACGUUCCUCCGGGGAAACGUGUCGGAUCGAUUGUAUGGAUCCUGUGUAAUCAUUCUCAGGUACGAGCAGGUGAUUGCUUGUUCGAGUUUGGCUCAUCCGAGUUUAAAGUGUUUGAACGGCUAAGCGGAAACGGUGCAGUAAUUGAAAUCCUACAGGAGAACAUCCCCCCCCCCCCCCCGAUAGUAAAUCCAGUCAGGCGACACACUACUUACCAUUUCCGGAUGGGUGAUUUUAGCAACGCAAUCGGUGCGUGCUGAUGACAGCAGUGGUAGUGCCCAGUGAGUGAGUGAGUGAAGUGCCGUGCAAUCAAAACUGUACACUCGAAAAGGUACCGGGCGGCUUAACGGGCUGCUGCUGAGGACAACGGACAACGAACAAACAAUUCGAGACGCCUGGUCGGUCGAUCCGGUAUCAUCGGUUCCCAGUUGGAGAAAAACCACUCCCGGAACGGAACACAGAGAUUGGUGACCGGGAGAGAUGGGUGUAACCUCAUCGUCGCGUCAGGAUGCAAGCCUGCUCUCGGACGAGGAUGUGAACUUCGACCACUUCCAGAUUCUGCGGAACAUCGGCAAGGGCAGCUUCGGAAAGGUUUGCAUCGUCCAGAAGCGAGACAGCGGAAGCCUGUUUGCCAUGAAGUACGUCAGCCGCAAUGCCUGCAUCGGACGAGGAGCGCUGGGCGGUGUACUGAAGGAGGUCGAACUGCUGGCAACACUGGAGCACCCGUUUCUAGUCAAUUUGUGGUUUUCUUUCCAAGAUGAAGAGGACCUGUUUAUGGUGUGCGAUCUGCUGGCCGGUGGAGAUUUACGGUAUCAUCUAAACCACCAGGUGGAAUUCUCGGAAGCCAGUGUUGCCUUAUUAGUCUGCGAGAUCGGUUCCGUGCUGGACUAUUUGCAGAAACAGCGGGUCGUGCACAGGGAUAUCAAACCGGACAACAUAUUGCUGGAUGAGGAAGGACACGCACAUCUCACCGAUUUCAAUAUCGCCACCCGGCUGCCGCCGGACGGGCUGGCCUGCAGUAUGUCCGGGACCAAGCCGUACAUGGCGCCGGAGGUUUUCAUGUGUGCCUUAGAGGAGAUCGCCGGCUACAGCUACCCGGUGGACUGGUGGUCCCUGGGAAUCGUCGCGUACGAGAUGCGCUCCGGAAGCCGCCCAUUCGUGGUGCAUUCCUCAACACCGCUGGUCGAGGUCAAGAACAUCCUCAGCACCCAACCGCACUUUCCGCGCCACUGGAGCGACAACUUUAUCGAUCUGCUCGGCAAGCUUCUCAGCGUCCAACCGGGCCCCCGAAUCAGCAGCCAGCGAGAGCUGCAGCAAACGAAACUGCUGCGCGGAACCAGUUUCGAACGGAUCCUGUCCAAGCAGAGCAACCCCCCGUUCAAACCCUCCAAAGAUCACCUGAACUGCGAUCCGAGCCUCGAGCUGGAGGAAAUGAUCAUCGAAGCGAAACCACUGCACAAAAAGAAGAAACGCCUGGCCAAGCAGCGAUCCAUCAAUCGGGACAAUCCCGGAAAUCACGGCCAGCAGCAGCAACAACAGCAGGAUCAGCUAAGCGAGUUGGAUAGUGCCCUGUUGAAGCAGUUCCUCGUAUACAACCGGUUCAAGGAACAGAAGCGAAAAGUGAUGGAACAGAAGGAAACCGACUGGCAGCAGGAACUGGAUCAUGCGAUGGCUAGUUCCGAGGUGGAAGCCAGCGUCGGCGGUGAGGUAUCGAAUGGAGGAUCGAACCGGUUGGCUACUAUUCUGGAGGGCGGUGGAGGAGAUUCAGCGGUGGUUGAUGGUGGUGGUGGUGAUGAAGGGGAAGGAGGCGGUACGGCAACUGUAGCCGGCGAGGGUACUGGCAGGAGCCGGGCUAGGCGAUCGGUGCAGACGCAGCAGUCGGACAGUUUGGAUUAUAUCGAUCGAACGCCUUCGCCGAAGCCUAGUAUUUAGUAAAGGGAGGUGGUGUCACAGUGGUUAUAGUUUUUUAGGGGAAAGUAGAAUGCGUGGUAAGGAAACGAUUAUGCGAAUUGGAGUAAAUGGUGACAUUCGGAAAUCUGGACGACUUAUGUCAAAAUUCUGACUCAAGUGCAAAAAAAGCGAUUAGAACUCAAUCGGUUUCGGAAUCGGUUGUAAAAUUUGAACUACAAUUCAUACGCAGAAUCUCAGUUAAACUCAUUCCGGAACCGGUUUCCAUUUCUGAAUGGAGUCAGUAUCCCGGUCAAACUAUUCGGAAUUCGAUUAGGAAUCCUGAAUGGAGUCAGUAUGGAUUCCAAUUCAAAUGCAACAACCGAUUCUGAAACCGAUUGAGUCGGAAUCGGUUGUUGUAUUUGAUGUGGAAUCCAUACUGACUCCAUUCAGAAAUCCGAACCGGUUCCGGAAUGCGUUUAAAUGGGAUGGUUUCCGCCUCAAAUGCAACAACCGAUUCCGACUCAAUCGGUUUCAGAAUCGGUUGUUGCAUGUGAGCUGGAAUCAAUACAGGUUACAUUCAGGAUUCCGAAUCAAAUUCCGAAUGGUUUGACCGGGAAUCAGCCACAAUUCCCACUCGGAAUCGUUUGCGUCACUUAAGCCGAAAUUUUGACCAAAGCUAGGCAAUAUUCUGAUUGGAUUAGCUGGGCCCCAGUUAAACCCAUUCCGGAACCGGUUCAGGUUUAACUGGGUGAAUUUGAUGAGGAAUGUCAAGUGAAAUUUUCUUCCGUAGCUUCAUUAUUUUCAGUAUCGUUUAGAUUAAUGUUGUGCUGAAAUUUAACCCACAACAACCCGGUCAAACCAUUCGGAAUUUGAUUCGGAAUCCUAAAUGGAGUCAGUAUGGAUUCCAAAUCAAAUGCAACAACCGAUUCUGAGUCGGAAUCGGUUGUUGCAUUUGAUUUGGAAUCCAUAAUGACUCCAUUCAGAAAUCCGAACCGGUUCCGAAAUGAGUUUAACUGGGAAGUUGUUUAUGAAUGCAGAUGAUGAGAAAGAAUGACAUUGAUUAAAAAAAAGUUGAAUUGGAACGGUUUCAUAAAUGCUACAUCCAAUUGUUUUGAUCUUGUUCUGUUAGAGAAAAUCUGUUUGAACUAGAGUAUUCAGUGAAAAGUGUGGAAGUGGCACGGGAAGUUAGAAAAACAGAAGGAAAAACACGCAUAACUGAGACUGAGUAUAUUAUUAGGUUGAAAACGAAGUUAAUCAAAAAAAGCUACUAAACAAAAAACUCAUUCUAAUCGAAACAAAAUUAGGCAAUCAUUGUAACAAUUCCAAUCUUAGCAAAUGGUAGAAAAUCUUAGAAAAUCGACAGCUGCGGUAACAAACAGUCAAGUUAUAUGUACGUAACCUAACCCGUAAGAAUUUUCAAUUGUAUCCUGCUGCCGACAGACACUGUAUACACAAACUAGCGAAGUGUCAAAAAAUGCAGCCAAACGGACUGUCAAAAACUGCAGCCAAACGAGCAUGGUGAUAUUGUGAAGGGCAGUAAAGACGGAAGCUCAAGUAAAGCUUCCCGGUCGAACCAUUCGGAAUUUGAUUCGGAUUCCUGAAUGGAGUCAGUAUGGAUUCCAAAUCAAAUGCAACAACCGAUUCUGAGUCGGAAUCGGUUGUUGCAUUUGAUUUGGAAUCCAUAAUGCCUCCAUUCAGAAAUCCGAACCGGUUCCGGA